AGAGCAUUCUUGAGACUGAAUAUUUCUUAUCGAGUCCUUUGAAGUAUAAUUUAUAAAUAAACUUGUAGAUAUAUUUUCCAGAGACGUAUGAGUGUUCUAUAAUAAUAUAUUAUAGGGAAGAAUUAUAGUUGAAGAAGACAAUGGUUCGCUGUUGGUAUGCGGCUGACGUCACGCCUGAGCGAGACCAGCGUUCAGAGCUGCAACUGGACCCGCCCCAGCCAAUCGACAUCCAGCAAGUCGGCGAGCUGACAGGCGUUCUCUACUGGAAGAUCGAUGCUGACAACUACAAGUCGGAGGGCAUUUUGGACAAAAUUCGCAAGGAAAGAGGCUACUCAUAUGAAGAUGUCAUCGAAGUUAGCCCGGACACUCUACCCAACUAUGAACAGAAGAUAAAGAAUUUUUUUGAGGAGCACCUCCAUACGGACGAGGAAAUUCGUUUCGCUCUGGCGGGCUCCGGCUACUUCGACGUAAGAGACCCGCAGGACCGCUGGAUCAGAAUUGCUCUGGAGAAGGGAGACCUGAUCGUUCUGCCUGCUGGCAUCUACCACCGCUUCACCCUCGACGAAAAGAACUACAUCAAAGCGAUGCGGCUGUUUGUCGGCGAGCCCGUGUGGACCCCGUACAACCGUCCAGCUGACGACAUGGAGGCCAGGAAGCAGUACGUCCACAAAUUUUCCUGAAAAAAUUUUAAAUAGUGUUUAUUUUCUUUCUUUUAACUUGCAGUUGGUAAUGUGUUUAUUAUUAACCUCUAUAACAUGAAAAUUUUCAUCUCCGACGAAUGUGAAUUUAGGAUUAAAUCUAAUGUCUGAAUUGCUGAAUUUGAUUAGCUCAAAGUCAAUUGUUUAUGUUGGACAUUUACACAAUACUUUAAACUGUUUUAAACUUGAAGGAUAUUUUAUAAAUUUACCUAGAUAAAAAAACACGUUCACUUCAUAUUCUGCAUUCAUUGUAAUGGUAUACAAGCGUGACAAUUAAUUUGUGUAUACUUAACUGGCUUCUUAAAUAGUAGAUUGGUGGCUAUACACUCA